AUGUGUAUCGUAUUAGUUCUCCUUCUUAAUACUUUCUAUAAAAUAUAUUAUCGUUUAUUUGAUCUUUGUGAACAUGUCGCUGCAAUGAUAACCUUUCUUAUUUUUCUUGGAUUAAUGGUUGGGACAAUUAUCUUAAGCACCAAUAGUAGUAACCAACCAAGACCACUGUUGACUAUAGCGAUACUAGUUUUUGGGGUCCUUGGCGGUCUGGCCGUUGUGAUCACCGUGGUGUAUUUUUAUAAAUUAUGCCUAAAAAGAAGAGCUCCAAUAACAACCACAGGAAAACCAGACCAAAAAAGAUCUCAGAUUCGUAGCCUGGUUAGUAAUCAGUGCAGGAAUCUAACAACUAAUCAAUCACAAUAUAUACAAUUUGAUAAAAAAUAUUAUAAUUCUUUAUCUAAUACACAAUAUAUUGUACCAAAUUUAGUAGUAUCUGAAGUUAUAUCAGAUGAUGAAAAAUAUUUUCAUAAUUCAUCAAAUAAUAAAAUUAGAUAUACAUUAACUAAAAAUUCACGAAAUCUUUCAAAUGAAUCACAUAUUUGUAAUGAAAUAAAGUUAAAUAGAUGUGGAAGUCAACAACAUUAUAAUAAUAAUAAUAUUAAUAAAUAUUUACCUCAAGAAGUAAUUAUAAAUAAUGAAAAUACAAAUAAUUUUUUAAAACCAGAUAAUAAUUUUAAUUCAAAUGGAAGAACUAAAAGUGCUGAAAUGUUAUUAAAUGUUCAGGCUAAUGAUGAAAUAAGAAGAGCAUCAACUGGAAGUAUGUAUCAUCCAGUUAAUGGAAUAGUUGGACAAAGAAGACGUUUACCAUCUAUAGCAAAUAUUCAACCAAUACCAAAUGUUGAAUAUUAUAAUAGUAAUAAUUUAAAUAUACAAAAUAGAAAAUUAUAUGGUCUUUCUCGUUCACAAGCUAUUGAUAAUAGAGAUAUUCCAUUAAAACAAUCUAGUUCACCAUUACCAUGCCAAAGAGAAAAAAUUUAUACAAGACAACAUGCAUUCUCAAAAAGUUGGAAUAAUGAUGAUCAUUAUUAUAUAAAUGAUUAUUCAUUACAAUCAACUUCUAUUCAAAAUAGGCCCAAAUAUAUAGAAAAUGAAAAUUUUGUACAAAAUUAUUAUCAAGAAAAAAAUCAACAUAUAAUAACACCAACUAUUAAUGUCAUUCCACCUCAUAAAUCUAAUAGAAAUCAUUAUAAUUCAAAAAAAUUAAAUACUAAUGAUGUAUAUCCUUCAAAUAAUAGAAAAAAUCAUUAUCCUUUAUAUGAUAUACCAAAAUAUAAUUAUCAAAAUUAUCAUACUUAUAAUAAAUUUAAUCUUCCUACAAAAAUAGAUGGUUACCCUAAAAAUAAAGCAAUUAGUUUUGAUGAAAAAACUGCACUUUUGUAUGAAAAAAAAUAUAAUAAAACACCAAAUUAUACUAAUCCACCAUAUCGUACAUUGAGUGAAGCUGAUAAAAAAAAUUUAAUAAGACAACAAACAAUACAACUUCUUCAACCUGAUUCAGUUGUAUCUAAACAAUGUUUAGAUGUUUGGAAAGAUAGAAAAAAUUUUGAAACAGAUACAAUAUAUUUAAAUCAAUUAUCUACUGAUUUGUCAGAUGAUAAUAGUAUUUCAACAUCAUUUGAAUCAAAUUCUGAAUCACCAACAAAAGAUAAACGAGGACAUUUUACUUCAAUAAUACCUAAAUCAUCUGAAGGUGCUAAUAUAAAAAGACAAAAGUUUAGAGAUAUUAUGUUAAAAAGACAAUUAUUAGAUGAUUUAACAACAGGAGUUGAGACAAGUUCUUAUGAUAGUAGUUUUGAUAAUCCUUCAAAUAUUUUGGAAAGUGAAAAAUUAGGAGAAAAUGAUAAAAAUUGUUAUAAUAAUUUUAAUGAUGAAAGAGAUUACUCAAUUGAUUCAAAAAGUGAUACAUUAUUUAGAUUAUUUUCAUUAAAUGAUCCCAAAUAUAUGUUUAAAGGUGUUAUUAAUAAAUCACUACAAUGUAAUAUAAAGGAAAAUUAUAAAUCAUUUUAUGAAGAUGAUGUUUUAUUAGAUUUUAAUUAUCCUCUUCAAAAUAAAGAGAUAGAGGUUAAUGAAGUUGUAAAUAUAUUUUCAUAUGAUCAAUGUACAGUGACACCCCUUCAAGAGGAGAAGAAUUCUACUGCAACAGGUGAUGAUAAUCGGCAAACUAAAAAUCGUCAAAUAUUUUGGCAAUACAAAAGAGUUUCAUCAAAAGAAGACAGUGAUGCAACUUAA